AUGGUCACGCCGCCCGAUCCCUUCAUCGAGCCGUUCGCCGAGGCCGGCGCCGAUUGCAUCACCGUUCACGCCGAGGCGGGCGCCCACCUGCACAGGACCCUCCAGCGCAUCAAGGGCAUGGGCAAGCGCGCAGGCGUCGCGCUCAACCCGGCGACGCCAAUUGACGUCGUCGAGCCGGUUCUGGCCGAUAUCGAUCUCGUGCUCGUGAUGAGCGUCAAUCCCGGUUUCGGCGGCCAGCGGUUUAUCCCGAGCCAACUCGGCAAGAUCGAAGCGCUGAGAGCGCUCAUCGACGCGAGCGGUGCGCUGUCGACCUCUCGGUCGAUGGCGGGAUCGACGAGCAGACGGCGGGCCUCGCCUCGGGCGCCGGCGCCGACGUGCUGGUUGCGGGCUCUGCGAGCUUCGCCGGCGGCCGGGCCGAUUAUCCUGGCAAUAUCGCGCGACUGA